CUUCGACCCGCGUUGCGUUCUCAUCAUCGACCCCGUGCGCGUGUGACAUCCCAUCACUUCCUCCUCGACGACGACGACGACGACGCUGACGAUGCCGCGUAGAUCGCUCCCGCAACCAGCGGCAACGGCGACGAUGGCACAACCCUCGACUUCACAUGCGUCGUCGUCGAAUGACCCCUUCCUCAGCGCUAUCGGUCAGCUGCGCAGAGAUUGGAGGUUUGCUGCAGUCUGUCAAUUCCUCGUCACAUUCGAGGAGGCUUUCGGGAUGAGCGGAUUCAAGACUGAUUCCCUCGAACACGACCUCGCAGCAUCCACGUACGAAACGGUCCCUAACCUCAUGCGUCGCCUCCUCUACACCCUUACCCUCGACAAGAGCGUCUCGAUAGACAACUGGCAGGACCGUUUGCGAAUCCAAUACGCGCGCCGGACAUCGCCAGAAGAAGACGGUCCCAACCCUCUGGGUAGCGAAGAGGAGCCCACCAAUUGGGAAACGCUCCCCCUCGCCACAAAGGUUCGCAGCAUCCAUGACCUAUGCGAAUGGCAGUGGGUCGACGCAGAACGCUUUCGCAAGCUGCUUCGAUCAGAUGAGGACGCAGAAAAUUGGCGCAUCUACCCGGUUGGCUACGAUGGACAAGACAACACCUAUUGGCUCUUCGACGACAAUCGACUCUGGGUGCAGCAUCCACCUCCCCCACCCCCGCCCAAGGCCAGGCCGCCCCCAAAGAAGGGGUCGAAGAGGGCUCGUGCCGAGGCUGCGGCAGCGAAGAGGGCAGCAGACAAAGCCAAAGCAGUAGCAAAGCCGGCGGCGAACGGCAACAGGACUUCCCGUCGGACGCAGCCGCAGCCGCAGCCUCCGCCAGCCAAAAGGCCAAGAACCUCGAGAUCAAAUGCCGCCCCUGCCCCGGCUGCCUCGUCGCCACGCGGCUCUCGAUCCUCGCGCAGAUUACGUGGCAACGCCGAUGAUGAUGGAUGGGAGCAAAUUCCGCCUGAGCUGCUAGACUCUGGAUUGGGCAGCAAUGGGGUGGGCAAGCACGAGGACGACGAUGACGACUCGGAGCUGUCAGAGCCGCCGUCUCAGGAUGAAGAGCUGGAGGAGGUGACAAAGCAGGACGAUGCCGCCGACGAGACAGUAGAGGGCGACACAAUGGACUUGGACGACUCGACGCUCGUGGAGCAGGAUGACGCAGCGGCAGGCGGCAGCAGCGGCAACAGCAAAGCCGAACCCAACGACGCCGAGCCCUCCUGGAUCGAAUUCGAAGCCAUCGCCGUCACACGCUCCGAAUGGGAAGCCAUGCAAACCCGCUUCGCCAAGUCCAAGCACCCAGACGAAAAGGCUUUUCACAAACUCCUGACCACGGACCUCUGUCCACGCAUCCUGGCCGAUAUUGCCGAAGCUGAAAAGCAAGCAGCAAUGGAAGCCGCUCUUGCCUCUCGCAAGCGCUCGUCUCGCAUCGCCACCAAGGAGGCAGAGCGAGAGGCGGAGCAGAAGCAAUUGGAGGCUCGUGCCGCGAUGGAAGAGAGGAUGAAGCGCAUUCGCAAUGAGGAAGAGGCAGCAGCCAGAAGAGAGGAGGAGGCGCGGCAAGAAGAGAAGCGCAGGGAGGAUCGCCUUCGCGAACGCGAGGACCGUAUCAAGGCACGCGAGAUGGAGGCAGAGCGCAAAGCGAUCAUGGAAAUGGAAGAGCGAGAGCGUCGCGAGAAGAUGCGCGAGAUGCGAGCCAAGAAGCGCGAGAUGAUCGCAGCGGGCGAGCUGGACCCUACGGCUGCAAAGGGAGCUCAGAGUGGUGGAACUGAGAAUAACGAGGAUGAGGAUUGGGAUCUGGCCUGCGAGGUCUGCUUGAAGCAAGCGCGCAAUCCUGAGCUGGACCAGGACGAGCAGAUCGUCUGCUCACACCAAGUGUUGGGACUCGUUUGA